AUGGCACCCAAAAACAAAGCCAAGGCAGCAGGCGUCAGCGCGAGUUCUUUCUUUGACUUGAAGGCCGAGCUUGCAAAGCAGGAAGAAGAGUUUACGAAGAACAAGGCGGCAGGAAAGGCUUCCGCCCUCGUUGGCGGCAUUAAGCGGCCCGACAAGAAACCUACUGUAUGGGCGAGACAAAACGCGGGGGUGAAGGCUCGUGCGGCGCGGGACAUCGAGUUGGAGGAGAUUAGCAAGCCUACUUUGGACUCUGCGCGCGCGGUCCUCGAGCGUAAAGCAAAGAUAUACGAGAAGUUGCGCAAGGGGAAGAGUGGGGGGCUCAGCGAGAAGCAGUACGAUGCACUGCUCGUAGAUUUUGAGCAGAUGCCCAUAGAUCCGUACGAGUCGGACAGCGACGACGAGGACGAGUCGCUGACAGUUCCGAAGGCACCGGAUGGUGGCAAUGACGAUCCUGUGAUAGAAUACGAGGACGAGUUUGGGCGAAUAAGAACCGCCCCCCGUUCAGAGGUUCCACGUCACCUUCUGCCCAAAUCGGAAGAAGAACAAGAGGAAGACAUUGAUCCCUUCGUAAUAUACAACCCGGUUGAUCAUUUCCCUGUCUACGAGCCGUCGGCAGAACGGGUUGCUGCCAUCGAAGCAGAGUUCGCGGAGGAGAACAACCCACUAAACGUCCACUUCGACGCCUCGCGAGAAGUGCGUGCCAAGGGUGCUGGGUUCUAUCAGUUCUCCGCGGACGAAGAGACACGCCGCAAGCAGAUGGAGGAUCUGCGGCGUGCCCGCGAGGAAACAGAAAAAACGCGUGCAGAGCUUGGUGCGGCGGACGCGCGCCCGGGCGAGACGGAGGGUAUGCGUGCGCCCGGUGACAAGGGUGAAGGGUCCGCGGCUGUGGGGGCGAGGAGCAGGGCGACGGAGAAGCGCAAGCGCGAGUUGGAGGAAAGGCGGAAGUUGUUGGAUGCCAAGAGGAGGAAGCAGGGGGGACCCGAACGAGCCGAAUCGCACGAAAGUAGUGAGGCUCAGGCUCGACCAUCACCACCCGCUCAAAGUGCGCAGGAGCCUGCCUCAGUACCGGUCGACCCGUUCGCCGCGCUGGAGGCACGGUCGUCGAGCCAGAAAGGCAAAAUGAAAGAGAGGCCCGAACGGACAGCCGACGAAGCGGAUGUGUUCUUGUCCCAGCUGGAGAAAGAGAUGAUCAAGGGUGGCAAAGUUCGAAGAUGA